CUACCCCAGUAGCCUUUGACCUGCCCACCACCUCUGCCUCUCUGCGAGUCUACCCUUGCAUUCCAGUAAAGGAUCUGAAACCUGAGCCCGCGGUGAGCUCAUCGCCCGGACCACGAAAAUCAAGAGUUAAAUGAUACCAAAAAACGGAGAAAUCUGAGAGAGCGGUGGGAGAGGCAGCCGUCGGAGCAGGACAAGUCUGGAACUGGUUCUGUGUGUCUGCUCGCCGGAGCUCCUCGGGGGGGUUAAGUUACACCAGAGAAAGCGAGGAGAAAGAGGAAGAAGAAACUGCUGGCGUCUUUGAGUUCUAUCUGCUUUUGUCUGGCUCAUUUUCCUCCCCUCGCUGGCCUGACUGGCUUGUGCCUGCAGUUUCCUCUUGACACACUUCAGCAAGCUCACCGCUCUCGAGUUAACGAGCCCCGUCGGUCUCGUCCCUGCGUCUGGGAGCCGGGCUGAGAUGAGAGUGUAACGCCGUGAGGUCGCGCUCUCCUCUCUCUCCCUGCCUCUGUUCUUCUCUGACCCUGCUAUGACCACCAAGUCUUUAAAGACGGUCUCUGGAUCCAAAUGUCACCCCCCUCGGAGUCUGCCCUGGUCUGGGACCAGCAGUGUGUGACGGACAGGCGAGCGGAGCCUGUGGUGGCUCUCAAAUUGGCCCUGGCUGAGCUCUGCAUGGAGCAGCGAGAGAAGAGUCCUGCUAUGGUCUGAUGUCUCAGCAUGGAUGGAGUCAGUCAGAGGACUGGCCACCACUAAUGAGACCAUCGCUCUUCAGCUUAGGACUAGCAUUUACAGGAUUACUCCCACAGUUUCCUGCUCUUUUCCCAGCUAACUGCAUCAUUACUUAACAAUCCUAGUUGGACUUUUUUCAUGGGUCUGGUUUUUGGUGGAUAUAUACGUCAUUUGCCUCUCUGAUUUUCAUAUUUGUUUUAUUCCCUCCCAGUUCUUUUUUUAUUGUUGGUUUGCCUUUUUCCUGUUUUGUUUUUCCACUAUGGAGUUUCUGGCUGGACCCUGGAAUAAAGAUUGGGCUUCAUUCUUGCAGUUUUGGUUGACUGUCAUCCUAAGCCUCCAAAUGCAGUUCAGCCCGGGUGCGUCUUGCCCACAAGAGUGUCGUUGUGACAAAGGUUUUGUGUACUGCAACGAACGCAGCCUGACAUCAGUGCCUCUGGGGAUACAGGAGGGUUACAAGGUCCUCUACCUACACAACAACCAGAUCAACAAUGCUGGCUUCCCUGUGGAACUUCACAAUCUGGUCUCGGUGGAAACUGUGUACCUCUACGGCAACCAGCUCGAUGAAUUCCCUGUGAAUCUGCCCAAAAACACCAAGAUCUUGCACCUCCAGGAGAACAAUAUCCAAACAAUCUCCAGGGCAGCUCUCGCCCAGUUGACUAAACUAGAGGAGCUACACCUCGAUGAUAACUCCAUCUCCACAGUGGGGGUGGAAGAAGGGGCCUUUAGGGAGGCAGUAAGCCUCAAACUCCUCUUCCUCACCAAGAACCACUUAAGCAGCGUUCCCAUUGGUCUUCCCGAGGACCUGAAGGAGCUGCGGUUAGAUGAGAACCGCAUUGCUGUCAUCGCAGAGGAGGCCUUCCAGAAUGUGACACGUCUACAGCGCCUCCUGCUGGACGGGAACCUGCUGACAGACGAGGGCAUUGCACCAGGGACCUUCCAGGACCUGACCAACCUCCGUGAGUUGGCCCUUGCCCGCAAUUCACUCACCUUCCCUCCUCCUCUCCUACCCAGCCAGUCGCUGGUCAGACUCAGCUUACAGGAGAACCAGAUUGACAAGAUCCCUGUGGCAGCGUUUGUGGGUCUAAACAGGCUGGAAAAACUGGAUAUCUCCAGUAACCAGCUUCAGGCUCUCACACAAGGUGUGUUUGAUGGCCUGUCCAGCCUUAGGCAUCUCAUAGUGCGAAACAACCCAUGGCGCUGCGACUGCACCGUGAAAUGGGUGGUGGUGUGGCUCAAGUCCUUGCCUUCCUCCAUCAAUGCCCGAGGGUUCACGUGCUUGAGUCCAGAGAAGGUGCGUGGCAUGACAAUCAGAGAGCUCACGCUGGAUAUUAUCGAGUGCCCCAUUUCUCCCGACCAAGCGCCCUGGCCCACCCUCCGCUCCACGCCCCCUCCGCCACCCACCACCACCCCUGUCACCACCAUGAUUUCCACCCUCAUCACCACAUCUAUCCCCUACUACUUUGACUCCCCCUCCCCUGCUAUACCCCCGUUACAUAACAACCCCCCUGGGCCCUUGCCUCCUUACGAGGACCCCCUUCAGAUCUCCUUCCACGUGGUCAACUCCACAAACAUUGAGGUGAGCUGGGCUUCCUACUUCACCGUCACCGCCUACAAGAUCACUUGGGUCAAAAGAGGCCAAAGCCAAAUAAACGAAGGGAUGCAGGAGAGGACAGUGAGCGGGGACCAGCGGCGUAUCAGUCUGACCAACCUAGAGCCCCGGUCUGUGUAUCGGAUCUGCGUGCACGUCUUGGACACCGUUAACUCCUACAGGCCUGGAGAGGAUACUAUAUGCUCUGAGGCCAGGACCAAGGCGCCCACAGCUACAAAGUCUCCCGGCAGAGAGCAAGCUCCUCAGGACAGCAUCAACUCCACGCUGCUAAUGGCUGGGAUCAUAGGAGGGGCUGUUCUUAUCAUCCUGGUCACGCUGCUCGGCUUGUUCUGCUGGCACAUGCACAGGAAGAGCCGGUCAUCUUCGACCAAGUGGAAAUACAACCGUGGCAGGAGAAAAGACGACUACUGCGAAGCUGGAACCAAGAAGGAUAACUCCAUUCUGGAGAUGACUGAGACCAGUUUCCAGAUAGUGGCACUGAACAAUGAGCAGCUACUCAAAGGAGAUUUCCGCAUUCAGCCCAUCUACACGCCCAACGGGGGCAUUGGAUUUAGAGACUGUCACCUCAGCAACAACAGCAUAGCCUACUGCAAGAGCAGCAACGUGCCCAGUACAGAGUUCUGCCACACGUGAUGCAGCAGAAACUCAGUACAGCAGCAUUCACACACAAACACACACACACACACACACAGACACACACAAUCCAGAAACACUUGCAUAAAUACACAUGCAUACACCAUUUGUCUAGACAUUGAAAAAUAUAAAAAUUAUAAUGAAAUAUAACUGUAUUAUAUAUAUUUCCAAGUUCUGUCUACAAUGUAAUUUAUACUGUGGAUAAUAAUGUGGGAUUCUCUGCUAUCUUUUUUAUUCAUAGAAAAACAGAUACAAGUGUUUCUUUUUUUAUAACCAGCAGGGUUUUGGAAGUUGUUUUAACGGUCAGUACUGUACAUGAACAUGGAUUUGUACAAUCACGGCACCCUGGGUGUAGCUUCUGACAAAAAAAAAAAAAAUUUGCUGUCAGCCUUGGAAAUGUUUUGGGGGCACUUUAGGAGGGCUGGGAUCCUUUGCUAACCACAGAAGCAAAAAUAGGGCCUUUUCACACUUUGAAACCCUGCAGAAAAAAAAAGAGAAAAACCCUCCCCCGUACAACAGAACAGCAGUAAAAGACAACACAGCAGAAGGGAAAUCCAAACACUGCUGAUUAGAGGCAAUAUGGCACUGGUUCAAUGAUGGCGUGUUUAAAAAAAAAAGCAAUUGAAGUGCACUUUCUUAUUAAUGGCAGCAAGGCAGGAAAUGAGCAGAGGUAGGUAGUGGUCACAUGUAGGGGGCUGUGCAUGGCCGUGCAGGGAGAAUGUCAUCAGUGCUGUUGAAAUUCCCGGGCUGAGAUUUACCAAAAGUUCCUUAACACUAAAAGCAUCUUUGUUCUGUGAGUUUACAGUGAAACAAAGGGAGAACAAGUCAGUUUGGGGCAACUCUGGGAAAGAUGUCAGCAAAAAUAGUGAAUAUGAGCUUAAAAGCAACAAAGGAUUCUUGUUUCUAAAAUCAUGCAUGUUUGUGCUGUGAUGUUUUUUUUUGAAAGAAACAUUCAUUUGUUCUGCUUCUUUUUAUUUCCCCCCAGUGUUUUGGCAAGCGAGGCCACAAGGGGGCAGUUUUCCUCAGCGUUUGUGUGUGUGUGUGUGUGUGUGUGUGUGUGUGUUUAUAUGUGUGGGACAGAGGAAGACAGGCCAGAGAGAUCACUUUACCUCCACCAUUUCCCCAGAGCCCAUUACCCAGACAACAUUACUCAUGCUUGAACAGCAUUGUGUUGAGUAUUUUUGCUCAUUGAGCUACUUAAUGAUGUGGAAUCAUUUAAAACUAACAGUGUUUUCUGUGUUUGGUGGCUAAAUGAUAUGGAUUUUCACCACUAUGGGCCAUUAUGGGAUGAUUAGUGUGUGUGUAUGUGUGUAGAGAAAGCAUGAUGAAUUUUGAUAUGGCUCACACAUAGCACUAAUUAUACAGGCACUUAUCUCAACCUUGUCCCAGUGUCCAUUAGACUUUGUGAUAAAUUAGGAAAUUACAACAAUGGGAUCGCACCCCGCCCAUGAUCGCACACAGCGCUGCGACCCGACGCUUCAUCUAGCUUCUCAUUAUUUAUCCUUUUGUCCACACUUAUCAUUUGGCCUUUUUCAUUCACGGUUUGCUCACCCGAAACAAUGCAGCUGCUCACUUCACAACAACAUUUCUGAGUCCGUGAUUCCGACUCUGCCUGCCUCCCUGUGUCUCCCUGUCUGAUCCCUGCAUGGGCUCAAUUAAAACACUUUCCCUGCCCUUCAGCUCAAAAGCAGUGGUGGCUUCUCUUUGCAUUGAAUGUGAGGUGCCAGUGUGAGGUCUUCAUUAUGCGCUUCUUAAGAAAGCUUUAUUUGAUUUGACAAGAUUUUUAUUUUGAGGGGCCAAGCUUAAAGAGCUCCUUCCCUUUUCUUCCCCCUUCGCAUAAUCCUCGCCCAAAAAAGGGAGAGAAAUAUGUAGGCUUUAUUUUCACAUGGCUGCAUGAAGCUCACGCUGAGAGACAGUUUUUAACUCUUUACGAGGCACGCAGAUUCAGCCGCUCGAACACGCUGUACUCGAUAGAGAAUCGGCACGACCUAAGAUGAGUUUUUACACUUCAGUGAUUUUUAAGGGCUCGUACUAAAGUUAUUCCAGAGUGCUGAGAUUAAAAGUAGCUGCACUUCCUAUAAUUCCAGCAAUAGCGAGGAUUGUGAGAAAUCGUCACGUCUGCAACCGCAGUGCUUAAAAACCUGCUCAACUAUGUUAAUGUCUCAAAAUUCUUUUGAUGUGAAAAUGUGUUUGUUUUUAGAUGGAAGUGGUAAUAUUUUGAAAAGAUAAAAUCUCUAUUAUUGAUAUUUAUUUAGAGUGGUUUUCUAAGAGUUAGCUGAAAAUAAAUAUAGUAAGGUAUCGCCAUGUAAACCCUUUUGUAACAUUAUAAUAUUGUAAAUUAUCAUGUAGCCUAAUUGUUCUUUGUUGUACACUAGUUGUGUAGCUGCGGUCACAGACUUACUCUAUAGUUUAUUAAUUUGCCAAAAAAAAAAGAGACAAAACCCAAAAUAUAUAAUUUAAACAUGAAUCAAAUCAAUAGCAUUUUUUUCUUACAAAUAUAGCUAUGGUAACAAUAUUGUUAUUGUCAGCUUUUUUUGUUUGUUUGUUUUUUGGCCAUGAUAAUUGUGCAGUAAAAUCUGAUAUUGAAACAGUUCUGAUCAAUACUUCGCUCCUGCUAGCAUGCUGAAAAAGGUGCUACUGCCGGCAGCCAGCUAGCCUGACCUAGCUUGAAAACUGCAAACAUGAAAACAGCUAGCUUGGCCUGUCUAAGAAAAUUUGUACACUGUAAAACCACAAGGUGUCAUUUUUAGGCUUCAAAUUUUUUGUACAGAUUGAACAAAUGUGAUCUAGCGUGGUUAUCUUGAGGUGUUGGUAGAUUUGGACAUAGCAAGGUUAGCUUUGUCCCUGUCUAUUUCAAGCUAAGCUAAAACGCUCUUGACUCUAGCUUAUGUAAAGUGGUAUCAAUCUCCUCCUCACUUGGAAAGUGGAAAGAUAUGAAUUGAUAGAGUUUUUUGUUUCUCUUUUGUCAUGAAAUAUAAACAUCCUUUUUUGUGAAUUAUUCUGGCCAAAAUAAUCAUGUUUCUUAAAAAAGUACAUGGGGGGGAAAAAAAGGCCUAAAUGAUACAUACCGCUUUGCUAAAUAGGACACUAUCAUGGCAGCCUGUCGGCCUAGAUGAGCAGUUUGAAGUUUGGAAACCUGGAAAAUAGCUAGCUUGCUCUGCCUACAUUUAAGAAAACCUGCUGUAAAGUGUUGUCUUAGAUUAAAUAAAUGUGAACUAAUGUGCUAAUUAGUGGUGCUGGUAAAUACUGAUUUGGACAUAGCAGUGUUAGCUUAUCCUUGAGCUAAGUUAAUCAGCUUCCGGUUGCCGUCACAUUCACUUAUAAAAGUGGCGUCAAUCUUCUCAUCAAUCUUGGUAAAAAAAAAAAGAAGUGCAUUUUAUAAAACUGGAAAAAAAAGGAAGCCCCCUUUCACCCCUCAGCUCCUACUUAAGUGUGUGAAUUGUUUAAAUGAUUUAUUUCAAGUUGUUAUACAUCUUCUGUGGUUAUCAAAGUAUCUCCACUUUUUGGUUAAACCUUUUUCUACUAAUACACAUAUCAGCCAACCCAAUACACACUGUCCAUCGAGACGCACCAGGCUGCCCUGACCUGCGCUCGGCUCUCCCCUGCUGAGUACCUAACCGACAGUUCCCCAUGUGUGGUUCGCAACAUGCUUUAACAGCUGACCAUAAUCCCACGCAGUACACUUGAACAUGUAUAACUGCUACAGUUGGGAUUUUUUUUUUUCUUUUUCAUUUUAGAUAUAAAGCCCUAUUUUAGUCCCACAAUCAAACAAGCCAGGUGAAACCAUUGCAACAUUUACCAUCUCCCCUUGUCUGUGAAUGUGUAACGGAGACAGAUAUUUGCCUUACCUUUUAUGCAGGACUGAAUGAUUAACGAGAGAGAGUGUAAGGGAGUUAAGUGGGAGGAAGAAGGGGGGGGGGGCGGUGUAGAAAAGAUGAGACACAAAGAGACGGCAGCAAGAACAGAAAGCACAUUUCUCCGACCCACUGCAGCAACAAUAACAGCGUUAACAGGAAGCGUGACACACACGGUAGCUAACGAAGAGACUGUUCAUCCAUAGUGCCAGAAAUUAAGCAGUGCACUGCUAAUGAUUCAGCCAGACUUGGAAGGCGCUUUGGUAGGUUGUCUUGCAGCAUACAUUACCCUUAAUUUCGAUGAAAGGACUGCAGUGCCAUAGCCAAUGGAAUUUACACACAGGCUGCGAGCGUCGGGCUAUUACAGUUUCAGGGUGCCGAGAAGCUCAUUGAUUCACGUUGAAAUAAUUAUGUUUAAUCAUUGAGAGGUCACUUCAGACAGAACACGUGAAAUUGAAAAGGUGUAAAGUCGCCUUUUCUUCCUGCAGGCAAAACCUUUGCUGCAAAUAUCUAUUAGCCAGUGAUGUUCAUUCAAGAAUUUUUGCAUGUACUGCAUUUAGCUUCAUAGCCUUUUCAUUUUUAUCACACCAGGGGUUUGGACUUUCAGAUAUUCCUUUCUGAGCAAUCACCCAGAUGGUGGUUGAGAUGCAGCGUGUGCCACCGUACACAAAGAUUUUCCUGUGGUGUAGAGGAAGUAGGCUGGAAACUUACAGUGCAUGUAAAAUGGCUACGUUGGGAUACUUUGCCAUCCUGGCUUCUGGCUUCUGAUGCGAGACACAGUGUUACGUUAGCCAUCCACACCGAGAUGUUUUCUUAGGAACCAAAGUUAAAUUUCUGUUCUCAUGAUGAAAUAUUGAUGUUGUUCCAUGUAUGUGCCUUGAGGUUGAACUUACAAUGUAAAGUCCUUGAAACCUUUAAAUGUUUUUGCACAAACUGUAAAUACUUAAGUGAAGCUUUUUGAAAAUAAAAGAGCCAUUGGAUUUGA